AUGGUUGACUCACUUGUCGAUCCCACUUUCCAGAGAAAACAACGUCAGAAACAAGGGAAAAGAGUAGAAAAUAAAAAUCGAUACUUAACACAUCAUGGAUUCAGCUUUCCUGAUCCAUAUUCAUCCCAAAGUUGCUUUGUCGCAUACGAAAUGAGUCUUCAUCCGAACGAAUAUUUGGUUUCAUCGUUCAUGAAAAAAGUGUUUAUUUUGGGAAAAUGA